CGACGAUUUACAUGGCACUCAUCCACUGCGUACGCGUACCAGAACUUGCCAAAUUUACAAUGUUAAGGAACAUUAAUUUGUAGUCAUGGCUCACUACGAUAUACGCGUGGAAUGGAUACGACAACGAGUUCGUGCGCAUUUCAAUUUAAGCGAUAACAAAUGUUUUGACGAACUUCUGAAUAGGAGAGAUGGAAAAGAGGAGGAGGAACUUAUUCGCUAUUUAAAUGUCGUUUCUGAAGAAAACACUGUGUCGUGUCUUCUCUUUAUAAAAACUGUCCGAGAGGAGGAGAUUGAUGUUCAAAUUCCACAGGUAACUCCAGAAAAGAGCAACUCCAGUGACUCUUUGGAUCAUGAAGAGGAAUCGGUGACUCAAAGAGGAAAUAGGACUCCUGAACAACCCAUCAGACAUACGAUUCACAAACAAGUUUAUCACACUGGGCUUCACAUGGCUAUGAACCAAGUUCCAGAGAGAUUUGCCAAAUCUCGAGUUUUAUGUUUCCUCAGGACCACAAAGAAGACCAUUGCAGAACCACUUGACAUAAUUGAAGCCAAUCAGCUGAUGCCCAAGUUCUUCGAAAUCAGUUUGCAUAAUGGACACAACCUGCAGACACUGCAGAAAAAACUUGUACAUAUCUAUAUUCCAUUAAUGACUGCUCAUCAGCUGAAGAAAACUAAGGCUGUCUGUCUGGCUGAAGCCGCUUCUCGAUGUGAAGAAUUCAGUGGUGGUAAAGAAAGCCCGACCAAGACAAGUGACCAAGCACCCAUUCGUAAUGAGUUACUCAACAGCACGCACACGUUUUUGGCUUUGGUCAAUUCAACUAUUCAACAGCUUAAAACUCAAGAUGACAUUGCACUGAGCAUCCCAGAGCUAGAUCUGAAGCCAGAUGUCAGUAACCUGCUGACCAAUCCAGCAGUCGUAGAGACGUUGGAGCAGUGUGUGAUGAAUUGGCAGACUCAGCUUACUGACGUUAUUGAGGAGCAAGAAAAAAAGAAGCCACAGACACCUAGUCCGAUGGCAGAAAUCGUUUUUUGGCAGGACCGCGUCUCCAUCCUGACUGCUCUGAGAAUGAGGCUUCAUCAACCUGUGGUAAAAAAGAUUCUGUUGGUACUGACCAAAGCAAAAGCAGGUGUGAUUCCCACGAUGGAGGCGACAGAGGCUCAACUUGUUAAAUACUGCCUGGAGGCAGACGAAAAUGUACGUUUCCUCCAAACACUGGAAAGGCAUUUCAAGAAUCUGGCCACAGGCGCAAAUUUUAAUGUGGUUCGGGAGACCAUCCCAUCACUUAUGAACAGCCUACAAAUUGUGUGGUUAAUAUCCAGCUACUAUAACAAGAAUGAACGCAUGGUCCCUCUGAUGGAGCGCAUCGUUUGGCAACUGUCUGAGCGUGUGGCUCAAGUCAUUGACAUCCACGUGCUGUUCAAAGAUGAAAGAAAGGUGGCAAAAUCCAAGGUGAAUGAUGCAAAGCAAGUUCUGGAUUUGUGGAAGUCGUCCUACUUUGAAGUGCGUGCCGAAAUUGAACAACGAGGCACUGGUAAACGUUGGGAGUUUGACACGAGAAAGCUCUUCGAGAAAACCGAUUACAUGGCUUCCAUCUGCCAGGACUUGUACAAUGUUUUACAGAGUUUGGACGAGUAUUUCAACAUCUUCAGCCCAGAGUUAAAAAGUGUGACUUUGGAUCCAAAACGUUUUGAUGAAAUGCAGGCCAAAGUGGACAACCUUAUCUCACCUUUUGAGGAAGUAACUUUUGAUCCUUUCAAUGUCUGCAAGAUGAGCAGCUGGAAAAUCAUCAUGCAAAACUUCAACAGCAGUGUUUUUGCAAUGGAAAGGGAGGUGAUUGCCUUUAUUGACAAGUCUUUCACGUCACUGCGCUCUUCGACUGCUGCUUUUGGAAUGCUUGUGAAGUACAAAGAUAUUCGGUCUAGACCAGCCAUCAAUAAUCAUUUGCUGAAGAAGACUAAUGACCUUCUGGCUCAGUAUUGCAAAGAGGUGGACAUUGUGAAUGAAAUAUUUGAGGACAAUAAAAACAAACCAAAAAUAAAUAAGAAUGAGCCCCCUGUGGCAGGCAGCAUCAGAUGGACACAUUCCCUUUUUCACCAUGUAAAAGAAGGAAUGCUUCUUCUCCUGACAAUGCCGGGUUUGUUGGAGAGUGAAAUGGGAAAACUGGCAAAAAACAAAUACUUGGAAAUGGCAAGAAAAAUGAAUGAGUAUGCUGUUAAAAAGUAUCGGUCAUGGGUGUCUGAUACUGAACGCCACUUGCCAUUGUUACUGAAGACACCCAUUUUGGCCAUCAUUGUGAAUGAAAGCCAUGUCCAGAGUGAGCUGGUCAUCCCCGCCAAGUCUGAAAUCCAUUUACAAAAGUAUCGGCGAUAUUGUGCAAACUUUCCACCGGAGAUCAUGACAAUAAUUUCAGAGACAAAAAACUUGAUUUCAAUGUCCUUUUCUGUGCCUGAGGUUGCUCAAAACGUGACUCUACAGGAGCUCAACUUCAUAAGGUACAGUAAUGAGCUACGCAAGCUUGUCAGCAGCUACAACUCUACAGUCGAUAGUCUGAGUGAUGCAAAGAUCACUAUGUUGUCUCAAAUCAUCAAAAGGGUUGAAACGCUGUUGUUGUCAGGAUGCAAGAGACUGAACUGGAGUUCCUUAGCAAUUGCAGAUUUCAUCAAUGAGGCCAAUCAGGAGCUCUCAAAGUUUGAGUCAAUUGUCAGUCAAAUAGAGAACAAUGAGUUCGAUAUUGAAGCUAAGUUGCAAUCCAUCACGAUGGCAGUCCUCCUGAAAUGCCCUGCUCCAGACAAGAUGGACCUUUUACCAAGUGUCAGGGAGUUUUGUGAAUGUGUUGAUAGAGAGCAGUUCAAGACAGUGAAUUUGUUGAAAAGCAAAUACGCUGACAUUGGACCUGUCAUCUCAAAGGUGGAACACUUGAUCAUGGAAACAAACACUGGCAAGUGUACCAAUAUGUCAAGUUAUUAUGCAUUCUGGGAAUGCAAGGUGCACGAGGCUCUCAUUAGCAUGGUGCAGAGGAACAUCAAGGCUUUCAAUGCUGCGCUGAUGGGGAGCGACCCUCUCUUCCGUAUCGAUGCCAUCCUCUCUGCCCCCAAGAUUUUGUUGCAGCCUAAAAUAAAUGAGAUCUACCAGUUACUUAUGCAGCGUAUCCGAGAUUGUGUUGAGUCCACCAAAGAAUUUGAGCGCUGGAUGAAUGGAACCUGCAUUGAGUGCCCACCACAGCAUGUAGAUGGUGAUGACUUGGUGACUUUUAGCUUCCAUGAAGAAGUGUGUCAUCAUCCUCAAAUCAAUGAAAGUGCACUUGCAGUAUCCGAGAACAUUCAGCGGUUGUUGCUUUCUGUCGACCAGCACCUUAACCAUUGGAAACAGUACCAGGCUCUAUGGGAAAGGGACAAAGCCACAGUGUGUGAAAAGUUUGCUGCCAAAAAUCCAUCAUGUGUCAUGUAUGAUAAGAGGCUUCAGUUUUAUGAUCACAUACAUCAAAAGGUGCUUGUAGAGCCUUUGUUUCAGAAUGUACACAUUGUCCAACUAAACCUGGAGCCACUGUGCCGGACUGUGCAGGAGAUGUCAGGGUACUGGAUCACUUCACUGGGGAGAUUGCUCAACAAAUCUGCCAAAGAUGAACUCUUCAACUUAAAAGAUGACCUCAUGCAACUUUCUGAGAAGCUGAAACAGAGUCCUGACACUUUUGAGAACUUGAAGAAUGUCCUUGGGACUGUGUCAAACAUUCGAGACAUGUCUCUUAAUGUCGAGUUGUGCAUCACCGAUAUCCAGGAAAGAUACCGAACGCUGGCGAUGUACAAAGUGGAGGUUGAAAAAGCCGAACUGGAACUCGUAGAAAAUAUUAACCAGAUUUGGAGUGACCUUUUUGCAGAAUCCAGACAGGUGGAUCUGAGUCUGACAGAUGUAAAGAUAUCAUUCAAAGAGACUGCCAAAAAGAUGGCAGAAGACUUUCAAGAGGAGUUGUCCCUCUUUUUUGAAAGUUUUAACAUGCAUGGUCCCGGAGCUGUUGGAAAUGAUCUAGAAAAAGGACUAUCACUAAUGGACUCGAAUGAAGCAGAGCUUGCCAAAAUGGUGGCCGGACGGCAGGAGCUAGCUAAUGCUGAGAAGCUAUUGGACCUUCCCGUCCUUGCGUAUCCAGAGAUUGUCAGCAUACAAAAAGACAUGAAUGGUUUAAGGCAGAUUUAUGAUAUCUUCCGUGAUCAAAAGGUUGCAAAGGCCAAGUGGUCUCAGACUUUGUGGGUGGACUUAGAUAUCCACUUGCUUCAGGAUGGUGUUGAAUUAUUUGUCCAAAAUUUGAGGAAGCUGCCCAAAGAUGUGCGAGCCUUGCCUGUGGCCUGCUUUGUUGAGGGCAGAAUGAUGGAAUUCAGAGAUUCUCUUCCUUUUCUACUGGACCUGAAGAAUGAAGCCCUCAGAGAAAGACACUGGAAACAAUUGAUGAAAAGGACUGGCACAAGCUUUGAGAUGAACAGAUGCAGCUUUACUCUGGAGAACAUGUUUGCCAUGGAUCUUCAUAAGCAUGCCGGUGUGAUCAAUGACAUUGUCACUUCGGCUGUCAAAGAGCUUGGUAUUGAAAAGGGUGUGAAGGAGGUGGUGGAAACCUGGGAAAACAUGAAAUUCAUUGUCCAACCCUACCGCAAAGGCACCCAGCAACAGUGUUGCAUCUUGGGUGCAGUGGAUGAGAUCUUGUCUAAUGUGGACAACGAUGCCAUGAAUUUGCAGAGCAUGGCAGGGAGCCGUUUUGUUGGACCUUUCUUGAGCACCAUACAACAAUGGGAGAAAGACCUGUCUCUUAUCAGUGAGACGAUAGAGAUUUGGUUGCUGGUACAACGGAAAUGGAUAUACUUGGAGAGCAUUUUCAUUGGUGGUGAUAUUUCCUCACAGUUACCAGAGGAAGCCAAGAAAUUUGGCAUCAUUGACAAAAAGUUUAAAGAAAUAAUGAAUGAAGCACAGAGGAACCCAAACAUAAAGCACUGUUGCCUGGUUCCCAACCGGCUAAUGGACCUGCAGACCCUCAGUGACAACCUAGAAAGGUGCCAGAAAAGUCUCAACGACUACCUAGAUUCGAAGCGGGAUGCAUUCCCACGCUUCUUCUUCAUCUCUGAUGAUGAACUGCUCAGCAUUUUGGGGAGUAGUCAUCACGACUGUGUGCAGGAACACAUGAUAAAGAUGUACGACAAUAUCGCAUCCCUGCGUUUUGAUGCGGAGAGCAGUGGGGAAACCUCAGCAGGAGCUAUGGUAUCUGCUGAGGGCGAAGUGAUGGAGUUUCAAAAGCCCGUCCAGAUCAAAGGAAGGGUGGAGGAAUGGAUGACUGGAGUCCUACACGAGAUGAGGAGAACGAAUCGACUCAUCACCAAGGAGGCGAUCUUUCGCUACUGUGAAGACAGAGGCAGGGUGGACUGGAUGUUGCUGUACCAGGGCAUGGUGGUACUGGCUGCAAAUCAAGUGUGGUGGACAUGGGAGGUGGAGGAUGUUUUUAGCAACUUGAAGAAAGGAGAUCAAUAUGCUCUCAAGAACUGUGCGAAGAAAAUGCACCAACAGAUUGAUGAGUUAGUGUCACGAAUAACGCAGCCUAUGAAGAAAAAUGACAGACGGAAGAUCAACACUGUCCUUAUCAUAGAUGUCCAUGCAAGAGACAUUGUAGACGGCAUUCUCUUGAAUAGUGUAACCAAUGCUGAAGAGUUUGCGUGGGAAAGCCAAUUGAGAUUCUACUGGGUCCAAGGGGAAGACAAUCUCGUUGUACGUCAGUGCAGUGCAUCUUUUUUUUAUGGCUACGAAUACAUGGGGUUGAACGGUCGCUUGGUUAUAACUCCUCUGACCGACCGGAUCUACCUCACGAUCACACAGGCUCUCUCCAUGUUCCUGGGUGGAGCUCCUGCUGGGCCAGCCGGUACUGGAAAGACAGAGUCAACCAAAGAUCUGGCCAAAGCUUUGGGCCUGCUCUGUGUGGUUACCAACUGUGGGGAAGGCAUGGACUACAUGGCUGUGGGCAAGAUCCUCUCUGGCUUGGCCCAAUGUGGAGCUUGGGGCUGCUUUGAUGAAUUCAACCGCAUUGAUGCCUCAGUGCUUUCAGUUAUCUCUUCCCAAAUCCAAACCAUCCGCAAUGCUCUCAUUCUGCAUCUUAAAAUAUUUAACUUUGAAGGUCAUGAGAUUACACUGGAUAGCCGAAUUGGGAUUUUCAUCACCAUGAACCCGGGCUACGCAGGGCGCACAGAGCUGCCCGAAUCAGUCAAAGCUCUCUUCAGGCCCGUGGUGGUGAUUGUGCCUGACUUGCAACAAAUUUGUGAGAUCAUGCUCUUUUCUGAGGGAUUCCUCAUGGCCAAGAUCCUUGCAAAGAAGAUGACUGUGCUAUACAAAUUGGCCCGAGAGCAGCUAUCCAAGCAGUCUCAUUAUGACUUUGGCCUGCGAGCUUUGAAAUCUGUCCUCGUGAUGGCAGGAGAACUGAAGAGGGGCUCACCAGACAUCACUGAGGAUGUGGUAUUGAUGCGAACCUUGAGGGACAUGAAUCUACCAAAGUUUGUGUUUGAGGAUGUGCCCCUGUUCCUCGGGCUCAUCUCAGACCUGUUUCCGGGUCUGGAAUGCCCUCGCGUUGGUUAUCCUAACUUCACUGAUGCUGUCGAAGAGGUCCUGCAAGAGAACAAGUACAUUUUGUUGCCUGUCCAGGUGGAUAAAGUGCUGCAGAUGUACGAAACAAUGAUGGUACGGCAUACAACUAUGUUAGUGGGCCCAACAAGUGGAGGGAAAUCGGUUGUAAUCAGCACAUUAUGCCAAGCACAAACCAAACUGGGAUUGCACACCAAGUUAUAUCCCCUGAACCCCAAAGCUGUGAGUGUCAUUGAACUUUAUGGUAUUCUGCAUCCUGACACUCGAGACUGGACUGAUGGGGUCUUAUCCAACAUCUUCCGUGACAUCAACAAGCCUACCGACAAACAAGAGAGGAGAUAUAUCCUUUUUGAUGGGGAUGUGGAUGCUCUCUGGGUUGAGAACAUGAAUUCGGUAAUGGACGACAACAAGCUCCUUACUCUGGCUAAUGGAGAACGAAUUCGUUUACAAGGUCACUGUGCGCUGCUGUUUGAGGUUGGAGAUCUGCAGUAUGCUUCCCCUGCUACUGUCUCCCGCUGUGGAAUGGUUUUUGUGGAUCCCAAAAACUUGCGUUACACCCCAUACUGGCAGAAAUGGUUAAAAACCAGACCCGUCAAAGAACAAGAAGAACUUGAUAAACUUUUUGAAAAGUACGUGCACACCUUGAUUGACAUGAUUGUGGAAGGUAUUGUUGAUGGGAAACAAGGGCAGAAACUGAAGACUGUUGUCCCGCAGACUGAUCUAAAUAUGGUGUCCCAGCUCUGCAUGACCCUUGAUGCCCUACUUGAAAAUGAGAACCAAAGUGCAGAUGUGUUGGAGUGUUACUUCUUGGAAGCGCUGUACUGCUCUCUUGGGGCAACACUGGUGGAUGAUGGAAGAGAAAAAUUUGAUGAUUUAAUCAAAAGGAUUUCUAGCUUAACCACUGUGUGCAAUGAAAAAAAAAUGGCUGGACCUGGAGAGAUCCCAGGGUUCUUGCCCACUCUCUUUGAUUUUCAUUUCUGUGGAACACAGCUGAAGUGGGUUCCCUGGAGUUAUCUGGUCCCGAAAUACAUUCAUAAUCAUGAAAUUAAAUUUAAUGACAUUCUGGUCCCAACUGUGGAUACCACAAAAACGAGCUGGAUCUUGGAACAGAUGGUUAAGGUAAAGAGGUCUGUUCUUUUGGUUGGAAACCCCGGGACCUCUAAAACAGCCACUGUUCAUAACUUUUUGAAGAACCAAAAUGGAGAAAAAAAUAUUACUUUGACCAUCAACCUUUCAUCGAGGACAACAUCAAUGGACCUCCAGAAAAAUUUAGAGGCCAAUAUAGAGAAAAGGACCAAAGAUUUAUAUGGUCCUCCAGUGGGCAAAAGAUUAUUGAUCUAUAUAGAUGACAUGAAUAUGCCAAUGGUGGAUAGCUAUGGCACACAGCAGCCAAUUGCACUGCUGAAGCUCUUAUUGGACAGAGGGGGCCUUUAUGACAGAGGAAAGGAGCUCACCUACAAAACCCUCAAAGACCUUGGCUUCAUUGCUGCCAUGGGGAAGGCCGGAGGUGGGAGGAACGAGGUGGAUCCCCGCUUCCUUUCCCUCUUCAGUGUCUUCAGUAUUCCUUUCCCUGCUGUAGAGUCUCUCCACCUGAUCUACUCCUCCAUUAUCAAAGGCCACACCAAACACUUUGAGGAUGCGGUACAGAACGUUUGUGAUAAAGUCACCUUGUGCACACUGGAACUAUACAACAGCCUUGUCAAAGAACUUCCACCGACUCCAGCAAAAUUCCACUACAUCUUUACCCUGAGAGACCUAUCGAGGGUCUACAAUGGCCUCACCCUCACUCAGCCUCACAGAUUUUUGACGGUCUCUCUAUUUGUACGGGUUUGGCGAAAUGAGUGUUUGAGGAUUUUUCACGACAGACUCGUUGAUGAAAAAGACAAAAAAAUGGUUCAAAGUCUUAUUAAGAACUUAGUUGAGGUGCAUUUCAAGCCAUGCCUAGAGGAUGUUAUGAGAGACCCAGUUCUUUUUGGAGACUACAGGGCAGCUCUGAGCAAGACAGAACCAAGAGUAUAUGAGGACUUGCUGGAUUAUGAAGCUUCUAAAGCCCUAUUUCAGGAGAUUCUAGAGGAAUACAAUGAUAGAAUGUCGAGGAUGAAUCUUGUGCUGUUUGAUGACGCCCUGGAACAUCUGACUCGAGUGCACCGCAUCAUCCGCAUUGAUCGAGGUCAUGCUCUGCUUGUGGGUGUGGGAGGCUCAGGCAAACAGUCCAUCACCAAGCUUGCUGCCUUCGCUGCUGACUAUGAGGUGUUUGAGAUAACCCUCAGCAGAGGAUAUUGCAAAUCAAACUUUUAUGAAGAUUUGAAAAAAUUAUAUUUGAAGCUGGGCAUCGAAAAUAAGAAGACUGUGUUUCUCUUUACUGAUGCUGAUGUUGCAGAAGAAAGUUUUCUGGAACUCAUAAACAACAUGCUUACAUCAGGUAUUGUUCCUGCACUGUUUCCUGAUGAUGAGAAAGAAGCGGUCCUCAACCAGCUUCGUGAAGAGGCUCUCAAAAUGGGACCCGGUCCUUCUAAAGACAGUGUGUGGCAGUAUUUUGUCAAUAAAAGUGCCAGCAACCUCCACAUAGUUUUAGGCAUGUCUCCUGUUGGAGAUACCCUGAGAACACGCUGCAGAAACUUUCCAGGACUGAUGAACAACACUGUGAUUGACUGGUACUUAUCAUGGCCUCCACAAGCAUUACGUGCUGUAGCUGAGUUUUUCCUAGGUGAAAGUGAAAUGAUUCCAAGGGAACAUGCUCAAGCUGUGACAGAGCAUGUCUGCUUGGUCCAUAAGUCGGUUGGCAACUACAGUACGCUGUUCCAGCAAAAACUUAGACGUUCUAACUAUGUCACCCCAAAGAACUAUUUGGACUUCAUUAACACAUAUUUGAAACUCCUGCAGGAAAAGGACCAGUAUAUUCUUGCGCAGUGCAAACAUCUUGAGGGGGGGUUGGACAAGUUAAAGGAAGCCAGUGUACAACUGGAUGAGCUAAACAUCAAACUGGCAGAGCAGAAGGUGGUUCUCGCGGAGAAGUCUGCAGCCUGUGAGACCAUGCUGUUCGAGAUUGCCUCGAGCACCACAGUGGCCGAGGAGAAAAAGACACUAGCGCAAGACAAAGCCAAAGAGAUUGAAGAGCAAAAUAAAGUGAUUGCUGUUGAAAAGUUAGAAGCUGAAACAUCCCUGGCUGAAGCUCUGCCAGCAUUAGAAGCAGCUCGCAUUGCCUUGCAAGACCUUGAUAAAUCUGAUGUCACUGAGAUCAGAUCCUUUGCAAAACCACCCAAGCAGGUGCAGGUGGUGUGUGAAUGUAUCCUGGUGCUGUGUAAAAAAAAGGAAAUUAGCUGGCAAGCUGCGAAGGCGAUGAUGUCAGAACCUGGCUUUCUGCGUUCACUGAUGGAGAUGGACUGUGAUGCCAUCGGUGCCAACCAGGUCAAGACUGUCAAGGGCUUCCUGAAGAACCUUGGGACCAGCCUUGAGGAAAUGCAAGCCAUCAGCAAAGCAGGUUCAGGAAUGUUCAAAUUUGUGGAGGCUGUCGUUGGUUACUGUGAAGUUGCCAGGGAGAUAAAGCCCAAAAGGGACAAAGUCGCGCUCCUUGAAAGGAACUUCUUUGAGAGUAAGAGGGAGCUGGAGCUCAUUCAAAGUGAACUCAGUGAUAUCCAGAGAGAGCUGAUGGCUCUCAGAGACAAAUAUCAAAUUGCUAUUGGGGAGAAACAGAAACUACAAGAGGAGGCUGAGCUGAUGGAGAGAAGACUCAUAGCUGCUGACAAACUUAUCUCGGGCCUGAGCUCUGAGAAUGUGAGGUGGGCACACGAUUUAGAGGAUUUGAAACAACGGCGUGUGCGUCUCCUCGGAGACUGUCUACUCUCUGCUGCCUUCUUGAGCUACGAGGGAGCCUUCAGCUGGGACUUCAGGAAUGAGAUGGUGUACCAAACGUGGGUUGACGACGUAAAGGAGAGAUGCAUUCCCUUGAGCCAGCCGUUUAAAGUGGACAACUUAUUAACAGAUGAGGUGGAAAUCAGCAGGUGGGGGUCAGAGGGUUUGCCUCCAGAUGAGUUGUCAGUGCAGAAUGGAAUCCUUACAACAAGAGGCAGCCGUUUCCCCAUGUGUAUUGACCCUCAACAACAAGCCCUGAACUGGAUUAAGAAGAAGGAGGCAAGCAAUAACCUCAAGAUCUCCUCCUUCAAUGAUCCCGAUUUCCUGAAACACCUUGAGAUGGCCAUUAAAUACGGGUUCCCGUUCCUUUUCCAAGAUGUCGAUGAGUACAUUGACCCCGUGAUUGACAAUGUCCUGGAGAAGAAUUUGAAAGGAGCAGAAGGCAGGCAGGUUGUCAUGCUAGGUGACAAAGAGGUGGACUUUGAUCCCAACUUCCGACUUUACCUCAACACUAAACUGGGAAACCCCAAAUUUUCCCCCUCUGUGUUUGGAAAAGCCAUGGUUAUCAAUUAUACCGUGACCCUUAAGGGCCUGGAGGACCAAUUGCUCAGUGUUAUCAUGGGCUUUGAGAAGAAGGAGCUGGAAGAGCAGCGGGAGUUUUUGAUCCAGGAGACGAGCGACAAUAAGAAGCUGCUGAAGAACCUCGGUGACACCCUGUUAAGGGAGCUGGCCACGUCUACCGGCAACAUGUUGGAUAACACAGAGCUGGUCUACACUUUGGAGGAAACAAAGUCAAAAUCCAGUGAGGUGUUUGAGAAGCUUAAGUUGGCUGUGACGACAUCCGUGGACAUUGACGUGCUCCGAAACGGCUACCGACCAGCUGCCAAGCGCGGUGCUAUUUUAUUCUUUGCAUUGACAGAAAUGGCUCUGGUAAACAGCAUGUACCAGUAUUCUCUCGCCUCGUAUCUGGAAGUCUUUGACUUUUCCCUGCGUAAGUCUCCACAAAGUCCUGCUCUGCCCUCAAGACUGAAUAACAUCAUGAACAGUCUGACAUAUAACAUAUAUAAGUAUGGCUGCACCGGUCUGUUUGAGAAACACAAGCUUCUCUUCUCGUUCAUCAUCACCAUCAAGAUUGAGCAGUCAGAAGGUCGAGUACCUCAGGAGGAACUGGAAUUUUUCAUCAAAGGUAAUCUGUCUUUGGAAAAGAGUUUUUACAAAAAGACUUGUAACUGGCUUCCUGAUUCUGGAUGGGAAGAUGUUGUGAAACUAUCUGAACUUUUUCCUGAGAAGUUUGAAUCUUUGCCUGAUGAUAUGAGUAGAAAUUCAUCAGACUGGCAAUCAUGGUAUGACCUUGAUGCGCCGGAACAGGCUCCGCUGCCAAUGAAAUAUGAUGACAAGCUGACAGACUUUCAGAAGCUGCUCUUGCUGCGCUGUUUUCGUGUUGACAGAAUUUACAGAGGCAUCAAUGACUACGUCACUCUCACCAUGGGCGAGAGAUAUGUUCAACCUCCUGUGAUCAGUGUUGAUGUUAUUUAUGAGCAGAGCACACAGUUCUCCCCUAUUGUCUUCAUCCUGAGCCCUGGUUCUGACCCUGGCGCUGACCUCAUGAAACUGGCUGACAGGACUGGCUUUCGGGGCAAGUUCAAGUUCCUUGCUAUGGGCCAAGGGCAAGAGAAGGUUGCAUUACACCUUCUGGAGCUGGCAGCGGCUCGCGGUCAGUGGCUGAUGCUCCAGAACUGCCACGUGCUGGUGAAAUGGCUGAAAGAUUUGGAGAAGUGCAUCGAGAGGGUCACCAAACCUCACCCCAAUUUUCGCCUUUGGUUGACCACCAACCCGAUUGAUGACUUUCCCAUUGGUAUUCUUCAAAAAUCUCUUAAGGUUGUCACUGAGGCUCCAAAUGGUCUCAAGCUCAACAUGAGAGCCACCUACUCGAAAAUCUCCCACGAGACUAUGACUGGAUGCCCACACCCUGCCUUCCGCAGCCUGGUCUAUGUGCUGUCUUUCUUCCAUGCCGUGGUGCAAGAGAGGCGCAAGUAUGGCAAAAUUGGAUGGAACGUCCCUUAUGACUUUAGCGAAUCAGACUUCUUGGUGUGUUUGGAGAUCUUGAACACCUACCUGACCAAAGCUCAUAACCAAAAGGAGAGCAACAUCCCCUGGGGCAGUAUUAAGUACCUUGUAGGCGAGGUGAUGUAUGGUGGACGAGUCAUAGAUAGUUUUGACCGCAGGAUCCUAAAUGUCUACAUGGAUGAGUACUUUGGAGACUUCCUCUUUUAUGACUUUUGCCGCUUUCACUUCUUCAAAAACAAUGAGGUAGACUACAGGAUUCCUCUAAAUGGACCCACGGAUGUUUAUAUUGAUGAGAUUGAGUCUCUGCCAUUGGCAAACACCCCCGAGGUGAUGGGUCUUCAUUCCAAUGCAGAGAUAGGAUACUACACACAAGCAGCUAAAGACAUGUGGUUGCAUCUCAUCGACCUCCAACCACAGACGGGAGAGUCUGGUGGAGGCAUCAGCAGGGAUGAGUACAUCACUCAGGUCGCCCAGGACAUUCAGAGCAAGCUGCCAGCAUUAUUUGACCUGGAUGUUAUCCGCAAGCAAUUUGGCACGGAUAUCUCCCCUACAUCAGUGGUGCUCCUUCAAGAACUGGAGCGCUUCAACAAGCUAGUGGUCCGUAUGAAGCGGUCUCUGGCUGAGCUGCAGAGGGCCUUGGUCGGUGAGGUGGGUAUGAGCAGUGAGCUGGACGAAGUUGCCCGGGCCCUUUUUAAUGGUCAGAUCCCUGCUAUUUGGAAGAAGUUAGCACCUGACACCCUCAAGUCUCUAGGCAACUGGAUUAUACAUUUCAAGAGGCGAUUUGAGCAAUAUAAAUCAUGGGUGGAUACAGCAGAGCCAAAGGUCAUGUGGUUGUCAGGACUCCACAUCCCAGAAUCCUACCUGACUGCCCUCAUUCAAGCUGCAUGCAGAAAAAAUGGUUGGCCUCUGGAUCUUUCCACACUUUACACUGAGGUGACCCGCUACUGUGAAGUGGAAGAAGUCAGUGACAGACAUGCGCAGGGUUUCUUUGUGUCUGGUUUGUACCUGGAAGGAGCAGACUGGGACAUGGAAAUGGGCUGCCUGGUGAAGAGUAAACCAAAAGUUCUUGCAGUUCAACUGCCUAUUCUCAGAGUCAUACCCAUAGAGACCCAACGUCUCAGGUUACAGAAUACUUUGCGGACACCAGUGUAUACUACAUCAUUACGGAGAAAUGCAAUGGGUGUGGGUUUGGUUUUUGAGGCUAAUUUGUUCACCAAUGAGCACCUCUCCCACUGGGUGCUUCAGGGUGUCUGUUUAGCCCUCAAUGCUGACUAAAAACUAUUAUCAUCAUCAAUGUUCCCUCGAAGCUGUGCAUGUGAGCAAACUGCUCUCACUCUCAGCGCGCAUGGUGACGCUGGUGCACACCAUGCACACACACAUUACAUUUCCACACUCAUCCCUUUAUUUUUCACCCCUGUUUUAAACAGAACACUCCUCCUCUCCCACUUAGUUUACAGUUUUAGUAAUGUGACCGGAGGUACAUUCAGUUAUUCUGUUCUUGAAUAACGAGGUCCAAUGCAAAAUGAAAGCGUUCUGCCUAAAAAAACAUUUUUGCAGGUUUGAUUGAGACUCUCAAAUUUAAAAGCACUUCAUGAAGAAAAUCUUUCUCGUUUCAGUUGCAUACCUUUUCUGUUUCAGUUGUAGUUUGCAGUUCGAUCUGUGUACUGUACCGCACAACAUUGUGGCGUAUUUAAAUAAGAGGCUGAUACACGUGUUUAAUGUUUUGUCUUACAAAUCGGGAGUUGCAUACACAUCAAAACCGAAGAGGGAAUGGUAACGCUAUUACAAUGAAGGAAUACAAACAGUAUACAAAUAAU